AUGCCUCCCUCAUUACCUCAAGUGUCGAUACGCUCGAUACCAUCAGCAAUACAACCAUCGACAGCUCUCAAUGGCUCCGUCCCCCGAGCCUUCUCGACCUCCUCGGUCCGCCUAAACACACACAUCCCUCCCGAAUCCCCCAAGUUCAUCAAGGUCCCGACACCUCCCCAGUCCGCCGAGGUCAAGAAGCCCUGGCAGAAGGGCACUCUCCCCGUCGCCCGCGACAUCUUCCACAAGCGUGCCGGCGGCGCAGGCAAGGUCGCGGCCGGCUACGUCGAGCGAACGGCACCUCGAUCUGCCGCCGAGGCCGCCGGCCAAGCGCCCAGGUCCGACGUCGACGCCUGGAAGCGCAGCAUGGCCGAGUCUCGCCGGCAGUCGCUCGCCGCGGGUCUGCAGGGCUUGUGGAAGCGCAAGCAGCGGCGCGAGCGCCUCGCGGGCGCCAAGGCGCAGGCCAACUUCGAGCGCAACCGCGCCGCGGCGCUGGCGCCCGAGGGCCAGGACGACGUGCUGACGCGGUCAUCCGUGCGGCUGCACACGUCGCAGAACACGGCAGUGGCUCCCGAUCCGGAGCGGCCGGCCAAGAUCGCCGAGUCGGCGGCGCGCACAGCGGCAUUGCUUGCGGCCAAGUCGGAGGCGAGGAAGGACGCACUGCAGCAGCUGUACAUUGCUGCGGGGGACUUCAUCGUCACGGAGGCGGAGCUGGAAGCCAAGAUCAACGAGCUCUUCGAUGAGAAGUACUGGGAGCGCCAGGGCAGCCAGCGCGGCUUCUUCGGAUCCGAGAAUGCCUGGGAUGCCUAUGGUCCACCGAUCCAGGUGCGCAACAUGCUGGAUGAGCUGAAUCGCACCCAGCAGCGGGCGAUGGACUUCAACACUACCGACUUGAGCCGAACAGCAAAGAGACAAAAGACCGUGACAGAGGAGUUGACCGGCGGAAAGAUGGAGUGA